GGAGACUAAUAGAUGGCAAACACUGUCUGAAAUACCAUCCAUCAACGCUGACACCACUGUGCUUUGUUCCAAUCAGGAUUUAAAAACUGAUUAAUGUACCUAAUGUUCCUUUUUUUCUAAAUGUGAUACACGAGCAUGAUCAGAUCUGGAGGUUUACAGCCUGGAUGGGGAUGCUGAGUGGAAACAAGCUGCAAAACUCCUUCAGCUCUUCCCCGGUCGCAUUAAUCUGACCAGGUGGUUCGCGUCUACGGCCGGUCAUGUGACCCAGAAGUCAGACGGAACAUGUGGGAUCUCUGCAGGUCAAAACGCAGACAGACAGCAGAGCAGAGCUCUUCAGUUACGGUGAUGUGUGUGGAAAUCUGUGGAGUAUGGCUGCUUGUUCUCUCCUAAGAAAAGUUGCUGUGGAGCAGACGUUGUUUAUUGCUGAAGAAAAGCUAAAUUAAUCACAUGGAGACUCAAGACCAGCAGCGGUGGACAGAAAGCUGCAGUCAUGAAGACCGUGAUGAAGACAUGAAUUCUGAUGAUUUCUGGAGUGAAAUCCAAGAGAGCAGCAGUGCUGUCCCGCCUCACCACCCACAGCUGGACAAAGACACGGAGGCCAUCAGGACUCUGUAUUCAGACUCGGCAGUCUCUGUCAGGGAAUACCCGUCGAUCGAUGGUGUGGAUGUCAACCUAAACGUCAGCACUGACUUUUUAGAUGUGAAAGUGUGUAAAGCGUGGAGGAUUAAUCCAUCAGAACCCAUCGUUGUCCGGCUGCACUUCUCCCUGUCCCAGUAUCGUGAAGGACCUGCUCCAACAGUUGCCGUCUUUCAACCUUCUAACAUGGAUCACUUCAGUGCAGGAAAACAGCUGCAGCAGAUCCUCACAGUCUUCAUAUCUCAAGAGUGGAAACACACAACAAACAACAACACCGUGAUCCGACAGAGGAGCAGACACAGCUGGUUCAGAGAAAACGGGACCAUCAAGAAGCUCAGUGCUCGACUCAGCAUAUGGCUGCCACUUUCCAGGCAAAUUAAGAUCCAGGAAGCAGCUGUUAAAGGAGGGACACAUUCACCAGCAAUGAAACAAAAACGUUUCCCAAACCAGACGACUUCCUACACCAUCAAGAAUCCAGCUGGAGAACGUUUCACCUACACCCCCAGUGGAAAGAGAGUGGUGGUUUCAGUGGUGAAAUCUUCAAUUCAGCUGAGCACCAAACAGCUGAUGGAGCUGUUGUUCACCUCCCAAGCUAUCAGGCACUGCAAAAGCACAUCCAGCCUGCAGCACGGCCUCUUGGUUCAGAUAAUGAGGUAUGCUGAGCAGAGACUUGCAACAUUGAACGAAUACUGUGUUGUCUGUGAUGAGCGACACGUCUUUCAAAACGGCCCCAUGCUGAAGACAGCAGUUUGCACCAGAGAGCUGUGUGUGUUUUCCUUCCACACACUGGGUGUGAUGUCUGGAGCUACAGAAGAGGUGGCGACUGGAGCAGAGGUGAUUGACCUGUUGGUGGCCAUGUGCAGAGCUGCUCUUCAGUCGUCUCGCAAAAGCAUCAUAUUUGAGCCAUACCCCUCUGUUGUUGACCCGUUCAACCCCAAAACUCUGGCUUUUAAUCCAAAGAAAAAGAGCUAUGAAAGGCUGCAGAGAGCUCUGGAUGGUGUGUUGUCAGUCAGAAGGAUGGCACAGGGUCCAUACAGCGAGGUAAAGAAGCACAUGGACAAGAUCGACCCUCUCGCUCAUCCCUUUUUACAAUGGAUUCUAGCAAGCAACCGGUCUCACAUAGUCAAGCUUCCACUGAACAAGCAGCUGAAGUUCAUGAGAACAUCUCAUCAGUUCCUGCUGAUCAGCAGCCCUCCAUCCAAGGAGCUUCGCUUUCAGACGGCCAGGAAACUUUAUGGCAGCACUUUUGCUUUUCAUGGGUCCCACAUAGAAAACUGGCACUCCAUUCUGAGGAAAGGUCUCAUAAAUGCCUCUUACACAAAAUUACAGCUCCACGGAGCUGCAUAUGGAAAAGGCAUCUAUUUGAGCCCCAUUUCAAAUAUUUCUUUUGGAUAUUCCGAGAUGGGUAAAGGUCAGCAUCAAGUACCAACCAGAGAAGAACUUCUAAAGAAUUACAACAAAAUAAAGAAAAUGGAAGAGGAACAGCCGGGACAAACCAGGUUUCUGUGUAGCCAUAAUCUAAACUGUGUUGCUCUGUGUGAAGUUAUCACCUCUAAAGUCCUCCAGAAACACGGACACAUUUGGGUCUGUCCAGUCUCCGACCAUGUGUGCACACGUUUCCUCUUUGUGUAUGAAAACGGUCAGGUGGGAGACGUGCACAUCGACACUCAGGAUGCAAAAAUCCAGCAGGAAAUUUCACAAAUAAUCGAUUCAGAGCUCAGCUGAGGCAGAAAACUAUCACUGUUUAUAGCUAGAGACUUUUUUUAAUACACAUUGCUAAAGGGAGACAUUGCAACUUUUUUAUAUUUUUAAAUCAUUUUCUAGAGCCAGUAUGUGCUAAAAUGAACCUUUACAGGUAAAUGAAAUGUCACCCGGCCUCUAUCGCCCCUUGUGGCCAGAAAAUGACACCUGUAACUUCAGACAGGUGGACCGCUCUGCUGGGACUAAAGAAAAAAUUGAGCUGACAUACCCAGCGCUGCAGUCUGCUUUCAGCACGUUUCCUGCUUGUUUUAGAUCAUGGACACAGCUGGUUGUUUUAAUUUAGUGUUGAAUCACUUCUGUAGACACUAAGGCUGGGGAGACGUUUCAAUUUUUAUGAAGGUGUGAAACAAGACAAACGCACAGCGAGGAGAAAAGUUUUGCCUUUGGUUCUACAAAAGGACACUAGGGGGCGAUAAAAGCAAGCCAAAACUGCCUAGUUUCAAUAUUUUGUAAAUGUUUAUUUGAAUAUAAAACUUUACAACUUUUUAA